AUGGCUCUUCCAGACAAUCCUUUAUACCCCUCUACGCCACCUUUAGACCAAGCCCCUGAUCGGCGGGCUAGAAAGCGGAAGUCGCGAUCUCGCAUGCUGGAGAUCAGAAAGCGGGCAAGAGUUAAACGACAUCGAACUGAUGAUGAUGGAGAAUCUUCUGGGAGCGCUUCGAAGCGGAAAGUCGCAAGGCAAUCAAAGGAAAAGACGCUGGAACAGCUGUGUGAAGAGCUUGGUGUGGAAGAUGUAGAACUGACAUAUUCGACUGACGACUUUGAAAACUGGACCGUGCAAAAACUUUUUGAUCAAUACGUACGGCCGUUAAUCGUAGAAAAGAAUGCCAACGCCUCAAAAGACGCCAUCCAACAGAUUUUGGACGCUAAAUGGAAGGAAUUUGCUAUAAUGAAUCCCUACAUACCCAAGGGUGAGGAGGAAUUGCUUGAAGAGGACGAAGACGACAAUACGGCCUUUGAGGUCGUCGAUGAAGACACUCAGGAUGCAUCCAGUAACUUGGACUCGAGUCGUCGCGGGGCAUCACGUACCCUAACCAAGCGUAGGUCCUACGCCAAUGGUAGCAACGUGGACUCCUCACAGUCAGUCGCAAUGGGCGACAACGAUAGCGAAGAAGUUGCCGUCUCUUUUGACUUGCCGAAGGAGCGUCGUGGUGGAGGCAACACCAGUGAUGAAGAGUUUGAGCGUCAGCUGGUUGAGGCGGAGGCAGUGCAAGACGAGGAGCGAGAACGCCGUCGCCAGCGUCUUGAUCGGCGACGUGUUCAGAAGAUCCACGUCAGUUCAUCGGCUCCGAACCUGCAACUCAGGACAUCCGCUUCAGCAGGUGGUGGCAAACCGGUGAUACGUGGCGGCGUCACCCGUUUCCCACUGAUGGGUGGCAACAAGACCGCAGAAGAUGGCUACGAAACUGAUCAUCAGGACUACUGCGAUGUCUGUCAGCAGGUAAGACCAGAAUUCCUGCGCUGUUUUUAG